UUUUUUUCCCUCCUCCGUACGCUGCGUUUUAGACCAAAAUAUAUUUUUUAAAAUUACGAUUUAUAUAAUUAACCACGAAACGGAGAUUACAAACUUGAUUUAAACAAAAUUAUACAAAUCGAACAUUAUGAAACUAGCUUUGUUCGUCCACCGUACCGACACGUUCCGCUAGAGCGCUUUGAUAUCAUCAAACUAUCAUCAACUGUUUUCUGCCACCAAUAAUAACCACUAAAGGGUGAGGUUUACUUCGUUGCCUCGGAUGCCGGUUCUUUUUUUGGUGUCAUCGACGGAGUAGCUAGCCUCUGAUGAUCGCUUCAAGCUCGCUUUCUUCACUGACUUAAAGCGCUGAAAUGAGAGAAGAAAUAGCAUACCUAAGGAGCCAUUCAGCCUCGACAUAUAUAUGCAUGGGGAUGCCAAACGCUCAGCUUUACCAUAACAAUCUGCAAAUUAUUUUAUCGGAAUCGAAUACUGUUCUCUCCGCGCAAUCUCAUAGUGUAAAUCAAUAUGUAAACCUCUUUCCAUAUAGAGUGCUAGUUGUAGAACAAAGAGUAACAAAAAAAAAAGAAUUAAGAAGAAUAUGCUUAUGAAAAACUGUGCCGGAAUUUUUACUUUUUCAAAACUUGGAAAUAUAAAAUUUUGUAAAUGUAAAAGCAGCGAGAAGUCAUAAACCUGCAUGCAUCCAAUCAUAUUCUCUUGUUUAAAACUUUUCUUCGAAUUUUGUGUUACAUUAGUAUACAAGAAGAAAACUUUAAAACAAAAAAAAGAAGAAAAAAACUUAUAAAUACAUUGUACAGAAGCUGGAGAGCCCUAGAUAUCUAGUUGAAUCAAACACGAAUCAUGGCGCUUCGUAUCAACAACGUGAGGUUCCUUCUUGUUGUUGCUACAAUACUCGUGAUUGUGAUCGCUUCCGUAGCUGGAGAAGCUUUCCCGGAUGAUUCUCAGGUGAAGCAAGAUUCAGCAAAAAGAGAUAUGAAUUGGGAAGAAGUGUUUCACGCUGACUAUGGUGUUUGGAGCCCGACUCCAAUAGUUCGAAGAGGUAAUCCAAAACCUAUUCUUCGAGAUAUUACACGGCCACCACCUUAAUCGAUUGUCUAAGGGAUAACCAACUUCGAGGUUAUUGAUUACUUUGUCAACGAGCAACUCUCUAUUUUAGUUCGGAAUAGUUAAUAGGAUUUCUUGAUACGUUGUGGUGUUUUACGUUUUCAUGUUGUCUUUCUAAGCAUCUACAUAUGAUAAACUAUUUAAGAACUUCGAUCUAACCAGAUUGUCUGGGUGCAUGCUUUCUUGUUUAUCUGUUUGAAAUGAUGAUUUUUUUUUUUUUUUGUCACUGAAAACUUCAUUAAUAAUAAUAGGUAGGGGAUGGGCCAAAUAAGGUCCAAGCCCAAGGGUUCAAUACAGAAGAUAUGAAAAACGCAGAGAUUCUUUUGCGAGAUUAUUCGCUUCCACAUUCAGAGAACGAGAGAUAUGCGCAAAAGAGAUUGAUGCAAACUCAGUAGAUAUCGAUCGGAUGUCUUUCACAAUACCGAUGAUUUCCUUAGUCUGAGUGAUGCCGGAGAUUGCUCGGAUGAGCGUUAAGUUGUCGGAGAGCACCUCAAGAGAGCUGAACUCCAAAUUGAUCGCCAUACACAUAGCUGAUCUGACUGCAGAAGCCUCUGCAACUAGAGGGGAGCCUAUCGAAGCUUCACACAUCGAUCCUUUGAUGGGAGAUUCGAGUUUCGGACCCGAGAACACCCACCCUAGUCCUGCUACGAGCUUUUCCUUGUGCCACGCCGCGUCUGUUUGAAAUGAUGAUAAAAGAAAAUAUUACUACAUAUCCAGCUUUAGCAUUCAUGCCUUUCUUAACUUAGUGUUCUUACUUUCAAUUGGC